UCUCUCUUUCCCUCUUAACGUUUUUGAGGUCUCUCUCUCUCUAAACCUAAUACACCGUCGACGUUACCAACAGUGCAGGGAGUCACCGUCGUCGUCGUCCACACCCAGAACCACCGCUGCCGUCGCCAGUUAUCAUCAACAUUUGAGAAUCAAUAUCAACAUUCAAAGGCGGAGUUUCUUCGUACUCAGCCACCCAACACAGAGCUGACAGAAGAACAAAUGGAGGAAAGGUGGCUUGAGAGUGUUGGUGGUCCCACUAGGUUUGGCACAGCUUACGGAAUGCCACAUCGUGCAUUUCGUCAGUACCGGUCGCCCCUGGAAGGCCUACAUUCUUCCAAUACCGAGUCGUUCGAUAGAGUGAGUGCUAUGGCCAUGGAGCAAAAGAUUGCUGAGCUAUCUAGCCAGCUACAGGCCUCAGAGGAAAGGGAGAGGCGGAGGGACGUGCAGUUUGACGGUAUGAGGGCCCAAUUAGACGCUAUACUUGCUUCGAGGGGGAUUCCCUCGUGUCCUGAUGAUGCUCGUAACCCCCAUACUCAAUCUAGUGGUGCGGCUGAUGAUGGGACUCAUGUGUCAAACACGCAAAGGCAUGUUUGAAUGUUAAUGUUGUGGUGGAUUUGUGGAUUUGCGAGGGGUGAAGUAGUCUAAUGUUGUAGACUAACUUAGUGUAGACUAGUUUAAUAUUUUGUGGAUGUUUACAAAUGUUGAAGUAGUUUAAUGUUGUUUUGAUGUUUGCGAAGGUUGAAGUAGCUUAAUUAAUGUCUCUUGUGAAUGUUUGAUUGACGUUUUUAUUCAACUUUGAAGUAGUUUCGAAUUGAAUUUGAUGUUUUGGUGGUUGUAAUAUAUGUGUUGUAAUAGUAGCUUAUUGUUUUAUGUAUUUAUAGUAGUUUGGUGUA